AUGGAGGACUCGAAUCGCCUCUUCCGCUUCCCAAAGCCCGCGUGGAUGAACAGCGCAAACACGCGAACAGCCGGCGUCUACAUGGCAGGAGCCCUGUUCGCCAUGGGUUUCUACACCCUCAUCGACAUAUCCACGUGGUCCAAGUCCGCCAUGAACGGCUCCGACCCCCCCGUCCACAUCACCUUCAUCGACUGGAUCCCCGGUAUCUGCAGCGCUCUCGGCAUGCUCGUCAUCAACAGCAUCGACAAGUCGCGCUUGUCGGCCGACAGCUUCUCGUACUCUGGCAACGGGGUGGCGUGGAAGGCCAGGCUCGUCUUGUUCCUGGGCUUUGCCUUGUUGGCCGGCGGACUGGCGGGGAGUGUUGUGGUCAUGGUUAUGAAGUUUGUUGUUGUGGGGCAUACCUGGCCGACGCUUUGGUUGGGGGCUGGUAAUGUAGCUGCUAAUGGCUUGAUUAUGCUGAGCUCUGCUGUGCUUUGGGUUGCGCAGAACAUGGAGGACGAGUAUACUUACAACCUGGCGUUGUAG